AGUUUUACAAAAGCAAGUAAUCCAGUUGGCUUAAUACGUCGUACGUCAAUAAAAAUGUGGCUGAAUGCCAUAGCUCCGAAGAAGUUUCUCUGCCACUAUACAUUGAAAAUAGGAUGUUUGUUCUAUGGGGUAUUUAUGACGUGCGUAAUGGUUGCCUGCACAAUAAGCCUGAUUGUGGAAACCUUCAGCCUCUCUAAAUGCACUUACUGUUCCACUUCGGUGACAAGUUUCAGCAUUACCGCAAUCGUCUACAGUAUUACUAUGGUAUUCAUACACCUCUGGUUCAUAUGGGGUGUUAACAAAAGGAAGUCAUCGGUGGUGAUCAGCUGGCUGGUAAUCACUGCGAUGUGGAUGGCGCAGGUGUUCUGUUUAAUCAUCGUUCUCUUGUGCAUCUUCAUUAGGCAGUCCAAGCCUAUUGCCUGGACAGUGCUCGCACUGCUUUGUACGAGUAUACCGCUCUACGGCUUGCUAAUCGGCUACGGCUACUGGCUACAAUUAAAAACUGAACAGCACAGUGUAUCUGUUACCUCGUAAUUGAUUUAUUGUAAACGUACGAAAUAUAUUGGUAUUAUGUUUUUUUGUCUGACAUCUUGUCGUUUAUAUUGAGAAGCUGUUUCCGAUGACUGUUCACCACCAGAACAAAGUAAAUUGUCACUGGAACAAACAUUUUCAUCAAAUUCGCAAAAAUACAUAGAGUCUUGUA